AUGAAAGACGUACAAAAGAAAUAUCAACAAGCGUUAAGUAAUCUUAACCAUAAAGUGAAAGAUCAUGAUCAUAUAAGUGGAAAAUAUAGAGGACCAGCCCAUGAUGCAUGUAAUAAAAAAUUACAAAUGGGAGCAUUUAAAACUAAAAUACCACUUAUUUGUCAUAAUUUUCGAGGCUAUGACUCUUAUUUGCUCAUAGAGGUUGUAAGCAGAUUUACAGCCAAUAAGCUAAAAUGUAUUCCAGAAAAUAUAGAUAAGUAUAAAGCUAUGGAUGUUGGACAAUUCCGAUUUUUAGAUAGUUUUCAACAUAUGUCAAUGGGUCUUGAUAAACUUGUUGAAAGUUUAGGCAAAAAUCUUGAAAAAUUUCCUCUAACAGUAAAAUACUUCACCAAUAAAGGAUAUUCAAUAGAUAAAAUCAAAAUAAAGCUUCCACGCAGAAAAUAUUUCUAUUCUAUGCUCAAGCAGCAAAACAUUAGUAAAGGAGAUUAUGAACAUGCGCAAAAAGUAUGGCAAGAAUUCGAAAUAAUAAAUUUUGGAGAGUAUCAUGACCUUUAUCUUGAAACAGAUGAUGAUAGAUUGGACCCCUCACAUUAUGUUUCAGCACCAGGAAUGUUUAAUGAUUCAUUAUACAAAAGUAGCAAAGUUGAGAUUAAGCUAAUGACGGAUAUGGAUGAGUAUUUAAUGGUGGAAAAUGGGAUUCGAGGGGGAAUGACAAUGAUUUUAGGAAAGGUAGGUCCAGAAGAAAUACACGAGAUACAAAGUAUUGCACCUGAUGCUGAAAUAGGAUACAUGCUUGAAGUUGAUAUAGAGACCCCAAUAAACUUGCACGAUUUCUUUGCAGAUUAUUCUUUAGCACUGGAAAAGCAAAUCAUACCAGAAAACUGGCUUAGUUUAUAUAAUGAAAGAUUAGUACAUGACAAAGCAGUUGGAGGUGGAAAAUAUGUAACGGGAGAAAAGCUAUUACAAACCCUCUUACCCAAGAAAAAUUAUAUAGUUCAUUAUAGAGUUCUACAGAUAUAUAUGAAAUUCGGAACGAAAGUUACAAAAAUUCAUAGUGCUUUAAAGUUUCAUCAAUCUCCAUGGAUGAAAGACUAUAUCGAGGAAAAUAUUCAUAAAAGAAAAAUUGCCAAAGCUAACAAAGAGGAUUUUGGGGUAAUGUAUUAUAAACUUAAGAAUAAUGCAGUAUUCGGGAAAAAAAUGGAAAAUGUUCGUAAACAUAUGAGAGUUUUAAAGCAUAUGAAGGGGGGAUUACAGCAGUUCAUAUGUUAA